UAUAUGGUGAUUAUCGUAUAUCCAAGGGUAACACGGUAGUUUACAUUAUGUCGGAAAUAGCAUAUCGAUAACAAGACUUUUAAAUUUGUAUAAUGGGAUUUUUAUUGUAGUAGAUUGUUUAAAAUUCAUCUUUUGGUUAAAUUGAACGGUUCAUAAACAAAAUAUGACUGAAGUGUUCACAAAUGUGCCUGUGUUGGCCGAUUCAACAUUUCGGACCCGUCCCAAUUUCGAGCUUUAUUUGCGAAGUGAUGCAAAUGCUGGUGGUAACACUGUUCAACAGAUUCAAACUCAUCGCCGUAACCGGCAGAUGAAGUUUCCAACGCUUACAGGUAAGGCAGAUGUUGAUUCAUUUCAAACAAGUAAACAGGAAAAUGCCUUUAAACGAUGGAAUGACGAUGGUGAUUUUCGUCCACCGGCACCCUACCGUGAUUACGACAAUAUUGUGGACCCUGUGUCAGGUUUUGUAAGCGCGGGUGGUGAUGUGGAUAGGAACACUGGACACAAAAAGAUCAAUUCAUUGGUACAGUUGAAUGAUGUACCUCAAGCAGAACCGCCACAAAAGAAAAAUUCUGAUAGACUGGCUGAUGAGAAGGCACCUACUCCAUUAAGAAGGUCAAACACAUAUGCGCCAGGUGCCCCUUCAAUGUGGAAUAGCAGAAAAAUAUCAGACGGAUGGAUAAAAUCGCAACUCGGAGGAUGGACAAGUGAUUAUGACCAACGGAAACCUUCAGAAGAAUCGACUAAGUGGCGAUCAAAAAAUGGUCUUCGUGCAAAGGAAUCCGAGUCGGCAUUUGUUGCAAAACCUCCAUCGGAACAAAGUAAAGAGGGGCGUGAUCAUUUAGCGCUUAAGUAUAUGUACAGUGGUUCGACUCAAAAAUCAUACGAGGAAGUUCCUUGGGAUAACAUGCUUCCGCCAAAACAAUGGGAUCCUGUUUCUACGUUAGAAGAUAGACCAGAUAUGAUAUCCCAAAGAUGGACUUUGAAACGAUACGACCCCGCAGCUCAAGAAUGGCAGGGGACUGGUCGAUCUUGGGAUUGGUUCCAGAGAAGAAACGGCUAUUACAAAACUCAGCCUAUUGUGUUUUGUAGUGAACAUCCUCGCACACAUCAAAUACCAAACUACAGCGGAAGUAUAGGUGCUACGAAUUUAGACGAAAUAGAUCAUGCUCAGGAACCAUUCCAACCACUUACUAUCAAACGAGUUAACAUUCCUAGAUACAGCGAAACUGCCCAUCGUCCAAACAUUCCUGGCUACCAGGGUAGUACAUUAUGGCAGGGUGUGUACUCGCCAGCUCAUUCAAUGAAAGAAAAACCUGCCCAAUCUGCUACAACUGCUACAUUCCAUAGAUCUUUACCUAUUUCUCCAAACACUUCCGAUUUCAAGAAGGAAUCUAAGAUGUCAAAGAUGGUGACAACUGUACCGCCAUGUAACCCAUAUAACAAGCUCAAUAAGUUGGAAGACGUUUUACAAAAUUCUGUCCAAUAAGAAGUACUAUGAAUGUUUUGAACAUUAACAUAAUUGUGAUUUUUAAAUACAUUUUCUUUAUUUCAUUUUCAGCAUUUGUAAAUUUAUUUUAGCUCACAUGACUUUAAAGACCAAUUGAGCUUACUUAUCACUUGGCGUCCAUCGUCUGUCGUUUACUUUUACAAAAUCUUCUCCUCUAACUAGGCAAAAUUUAACCAAACUUGGCCACAAUCAUUAUUGGAUUAUCUAUAGUUUUAAAAUAUGCCUGAUUACCCGGACUGUGAAUCAAUAUGGGCAGGCAUGGCUUAAAAUAGGGGGGAAAUGCAAGUUUUUGUUCUGUUAUUUUAAAAACCGUUAAAAGUAGAGAAAAUCUACAAGGUACAACCAUUGUAAUUGUCCAUAUACGUCAUUGCUGUCAAACGACUUCUUAUUGCCACUUUUUUUUAAAUUUUUGCCUACUAUAUUGAAAACUAUAAGAGAUAAAGAGAUAAAGAGACACUUUAAAUCGCAAAGAAAUUAUAAGCAAGACAAGUUAAAAAAAAAUAAGUUCUCAUGGUCGAAAUUGCCAGCCGACUUCUUAUUACAGUUAUUGCCCUUUGAUGACGAUGUUUACCAAUAUUUUUUUUAAUAAUGAUAUCUUAACAAUUACAAUAGAUUGAUAGAUACUCAAAUAGGCAAUCAUGAUCAGCCAGGACAAGAUCUAGAAUUUAGAUUCUUAUGGAGGAAAUCGUCCUUUAAAGAUCAUUUUAAACAUUUGUUUUGCCUUUUGCCUUACAUGAUAAAAAUAAUAAUGGAUAAAACGACACUUUAUAUUACAAAUAUGACCAGCAAGUCAAUUUCUACUAACAAGCCAAACUUUGCUUAUAAAGUUAGAAGAUUAUCACACUUUAUAGGAGUGAUAACCCUUUAAUGAGGAAAAAACUAAAGGAGAUUAGAAUAGAUGAUCAGCAAUACAAGAUCAACACAACAGAGAUUUCUAUCAUGAAUUUUAUUCUCAUCUACAAUGUUGGAGAGUGUACUUUGUUGAAAUUGCACAUAGACCAAUGUGAGCGACACAUUCUUUAAAGCCUCUAAUUUGUUGUUGCUGAAAUCAUGACGUGUGUUAUUUUCAAAUAAAUUUGUAGCUCUUUUUUAAUGAUUGGAAUACCAAUUUGAUCUGUUCUAAAAUAUUCUUUUUAUAUGUCUAUAUUAGAAACUAUAAUGUGAAAUAGCAGUCUCGUUCAUGAAAUGAAAAUAAGAUUUGCUUAAAAAUAUUGAUAAACUUACAAUGUUUAUAUUGUUAAAAUGUCAAGUAUUAUAUUUCACGUAUUAUAGUCAGCAUAGAAAAAAUCAAAUAGUUUUUUCAUUUGUAUUAUCUUAUAUACAGCAUAAGGUAAGAUAUUAAACAGGAUGCAAUUUACAAGGCACUUGUCUUAUUUAAAAAAAAUAUAACUCAUUUGUCGACAAGGCCAUAAUUUUGUAAUUAAUAGUUAAAUAGCAAAGACACAAUUAAAAAAACUCAUUAUGAAAUAAUAUUAAAUGUAAUACCUGAAGAAUAUUUGGUAGCAUCACAUUUGUCAUUCUUGCAGGUGAUUAGAACUACUGCACUCUUAGUUUUAUACUACCUUAUGAUAUAUUUGUAUAGUUACUCUAUUUUCAUAAUGAUUAAAGCACAGUUUAUUUGUAUUUCUGAGCACAUUAUUUGUAAAAGUUAUUGUGGUGCUUAGUGUGUUUGUUCUAUUUGUAUACAUGUAUUAUAAUUGUUUAAAUGGGAUGAGAUGCAUGUAAAACAAUUUUUGUUUUUUUUACUGUUAUUCUUUAACUAUAAAUGUUAAUGAUGUUGUUACAGCUGAUAUAAGUUGUCUGUAAGUUAUGAUCAGUUUCCAGCCUUUUACCAAUCUUUUAACAUAUAUAUUUUGAAUAAAACAAUCACAAUGUCUCAA